GAUGAAUUCGGUAGUUAAGUUGACUCGCGUAGCUACGUGACAUGAGUUUUGGGAUUUUGAGGAUCAAACGUUGGGGAAAGAAAGUGACAACUCAUUUGUCGUUCGUUAACUCUAUUUGUUUGUGUGUGUGAGGGCGUAUAAAACGUUUAAUAUUUUAAAUAAAUUUUAUCAGAUCCAGAUAAACUUUCCUGUGGAGUGGGGAAAUAGGUUAGUUGUUCUUAGAUUUUUGUCUCCUGGAACAUAAAUACUGUCACGAUGGCUGGUGUAAUGUUAUUUGAACGAGCACAAGCAGUUUCCAUGACGAAUCGUAGCGAAGGUAUUUCUCUUUUGAACGAAAUCAUCUCCGAUCCUAGUAUCGGUGCUGUUGACGAUGACGAAGAGAAUAUUCGUAUAAAAGAGCAAGGCAUUUUACACCUUGGUGAGCUUUACAAGAAGGAAGGAAAAGCAAAAGAACUGGCUGAACUAAUAAAAGCUACAAGACCAUUUCUGAGCUUAAUCAGCAAGGCCAAAGCUGCUAAACUUGUUCGUUCUUUAGUAGAUUUCUUCUUGGAUCUAGAAGCUGGCAUUGGAAUCGAGGUUCAAUUGUGUAAGGAAUGCAUAGAAUGGGCAAAAGAAGAACGUCGAACAUUUUUAAGACAAUCGUUGGAAACACGUUUGAUAGCGUUAUACUUUGAUACCGGUAUGUACAGCGAGGCGUUGCAAUUGGGAUCGGCUUUAUUGAAGGAACUUAAGAAAUUGGAUGAUAAACAACUAUUAGUCGAAGUUCAAUUGCUAGAGAGUAAAACGUAUCAUGCCCUAAGUAAUUUAGCAAAAGCAAGAGCAGCUCUUACCAGUGCCAGGACAACGGCUAAUGCAAUUUACUGUCCACCAAAAAUGCAAGCUGCGCUAGAUUUACAGUCAGGAAUUCUACAUGCUGCGGACGAACGAGAUUUUAAAACAGCAUACUCUUAUUUCUAUGAGGCAUUCGAAGGCUACGACAGCGUCGAGAGUCCCAAAGCGUUAACAGCACUGAAAUAUAUGUUACUGUCAAAGAUUAUGCUGCGCACACCCGAAGACGUUCAGUCGAUUAUGUCUGGGAAGUUGGCGGUUAAGUAUGCCGGCCGGGAUUUGGACGCGAUGCGAGCAGUCGCCGAAGCAAGUUAUCGACGAUCUUUAGCGGACUUUCAAACUGCUGUAAAGAAGUACCGCGACGAAUUGGAAGACGAUGUGAUUGUACGUGCUCAUCUCGGCUCCCUGUACGAUGCUAUGCUUGAGCAAAAUUUGUGUCGCUUGGUUGAACCUUAUUCUCGCGUACAGGUCAGUCACAUCGCUACCUGCAUAUCAUUACCUCUUCCUCAAGUUGAAAAGAAACUCUCGCAAAUGAUAUUGGAUAAAAAAUUGAGAGGUGUUCUCGAUCAGGGCGAAGGUGUUUUAAUCGUUUUCGAAGAUACCCCACGAGACAAAACUUAUGAACUUGCAUUGGAUACGAUACAUAGUAUGGGGAAGGUCGUAGAUACGCUCUAUCAAAAAGCGAAAAAACUCACUUAGCCGUGUUUAAUACAAUAUAGAUAUAUACCUCUAACAUCAAAGAUUCAUAAUUAUUAAUACCAUCGAUUAUCGUUUUGUGUCUUUAAAAUACAAUUGAAUUCAUGAUCUUUUAAUA